AUCAGGUCACAAAGCUGGUAAGUGUUUUGUGUGAGCACACACAAUAGACGACACGUGUUUCCCUCGCCAUGACUUCCCUUCCAAUACCAGUUCUCUCUCUGUCAUGGAGAAUCUCGAGCAUCCACACCUCAUCCGCAGCGGACAAGCCAUCCGGGUGAGCAUACCACAAGUGCGGCCAGACGCACUCUCGCACCACAUAACCCUCGCGUGUUCCAAGAGGUGUCCCGGCACAUCAAGGCCAUGCAUGGCCCGAGACAUCGUGGGCGCGAGGGAGGCGCCGUGAAGGCGGAAAAUCCUGGGCAAUAAUGGUAUGUUUGGUCCGCUUGGAUGAGACAGAUAGGGACGGGGGGAGGGAACAAGAUAAGGAGGAG